AUGAAUGCAUUGUUAAAAGUGCAAUUAUUUGAUGAGACUUUGCAUAAGUAACGAUAAAAUUGGUGUUUUAUCAAGUUGCUGUCAUUGAAAAAAAUAUGGAACAUGAAAACGUUCUUCAAGGAGUACAAAUAUAAAUUAAUACAAGAUAAAUACUUUCACAAGAAGAUUACAGUAUAAAAGCCACAACAUUGUUGAUAAGAGUUCAGAAAGUGCAAAAUAAAUCAGAAAGUACAAUAUAAAAAUCAGAAAAUUUUUGAUAAAAGUUGUCAUGUCUCGCUUUUUCGUAGCGUUCUUGCUUCUUACUAUGGUUCUCGUUGCCUGUGAGUACAAUAUAAUUCAUAUUUAAAAGUUUGAAAUAUCCUUUGCUCUUUGAACGAAAAAUAUUUUUUUAAACAUAAUAAAAAUGUUAAUAUUUAUAACCUACCAAAGGUUUCAUUUAUCUGAACAAAAUGAAUUAAGACAAAAUUUAAAAUCACUUAUCUACAAAGUUAUACCAAAGUUAAUGAAAAAUUGUCGAUAAAAUGAGAACAAGUAGAUGAUUGUACGAUCUUUUUCUACGAAACUAUAUCAGUUUAACUUUUUCAUUGUCAUUGGCAUAGUUAUGCUCCUCGUGUAAAUGUUGUGUAUAUAAAAAAAAAAAUAACAGAUAUUAAAAACAAUUGAUGAAUUCAUACUUAUAUAGUGAUAGGACAGGAGAAAAUUUAAAAAACAAAUGACACGAGGUGCUCCAUAAUUUAUGGACAAAAAUAAUGAAUAAAUGAUUCUUAGUAAUGUUGAUAAAUAUUUAGUUUAGAUAAGUUUAUGUUUUUUGUUUUUUAGAAAUAUAUAAAAAUAUGUAAAUGUAAAAUUUUAUUCAAUAGCCGGCGAUGAGUGCCCAUUGAUAGAUUUGAGGUGUGAAGUGCAGUGCGAACCAAAGUGUCCGUCCACAUUUUGGUUUCCAAUUGGCAACUGCACCAAGACCAAUUGCGGUCCAGUCACUGGUCCAAGCACGGACCCUUGUUCGUGUGGUAAAGGUACUGCUAGAAAUCUAGAAACUAACGAAUGUGUACCGGUGGAAGACUGUCCCAAAUUAUAAGUAUAAUAUAUUGUUCACAGCUAAUAAAUGUUACAUUGUCAAACGGUAAUGGUGCAUCAAUAAAAAGCUUUCUUUGAGGCGUAUUUAUACCACAUCGAUCAACUUCAUCAUCUGUCACAUUUUUCAUUUGUAUAUUCAUAUUUUGUAUAAAUGUUUUUUUAUAUUCGUUACACGCAAAAUGCCUCAAUAAUAAGUUCAUGAUAAUUCAGUUUUGUUUUCAAAACGGUGAAAAGAUGUUUGAAACGAUAGUGAAAGUUCUUCCAGAGGGAAAAGAUAAAUAAAGAGUAACAUAAAGAAGGGGCGAAGGGAAAAAUCAAUGUUCCUGCAACACGAAGAAACGUGUCUUAAAUGUCAGCGUGGCAUCCAACGUCAAUGGACCGUUCUACGUGAUCGGAAUGAAAGGGAUGGGCACCACCUUGACACAGACGAACGGCCACGGGGCGCUAACUAACGCCAUAAUCAAGUAAGCAGUUUAGUCGAGCGAUCCGGUUACGUCGACUUAGCCUUCCGUAUCGACGAGGCGUCACUGAUUGGUUUACAGAUCUGCUGAGCCGAACUCAGUCGCUCAAAGGCCUCUCUAGUUAGCCGGAGACUUCCAGAACGAACCACCUUUACCCCCUUCUACCCUUCUACUCACCUCUCUCUCUCUCUCUCUCUCU